GUGUUAAUAAAAAGUGCUAAGGCGGAAAAAGAGUUUAGGCUAUGAAGUGAUACUGUGUUUCAGGUUACUGAUAACCAGUUACUGCUUUCUGUUGAUCAAGGCAAAGUUAGUUACAGUGAAAUGAAACCUAUAUGGGACACU